AUGCUGAGGGCUUCUGGCGUCCAAUGGGAUCUUCGAAAAUCGCAACCGUAUGACGCCUAUGAGGAUAUAGACUUUGAUGUGCCAAUUGGUGUUAACGGUGACGUCUACGACCGUUUUGUUUGCCGAAUGGAAGAAAUGCGCCAGUCCUGUCUAAUUAUCCUCCAAUGCAUGAAUAAAAUGCCUGCGGGUGCAAUCAAGGUGGAUGAUGUCAAAGUCUGCCCACCAAAAAGAAGGGAAAUGAAGGACUCCAUGGAAGCUUUGAUUCACCACUUCAAACUGUUCAGUGAGGGUUACUCUGUCCCUCCCGGUGCCACCUACACCGCCAUCGAGGCUCCAAAGGGUGAGCUGGGUGUCUACCUAGUCUCCGACGGUAGCAAUAUUCCAUACCGUUGCAAAAUCCGUUCGCCCAGUUACGUCCACCUGGCUGCCGCUGAGAAACUCUGUAAGGGUGGCCUCCUUGCGGAUGUCGUCUCUGUGCUAGGUAAGCUUAGCCUCUUAUUCUUCACCUUACGUGUGAUUCCCAACACAGCAGUUCAGAAUUUGUGA